AUGGCGAAACGCUCAAGAUCAAACACAUACCUAGACGAUCAAAACUCAGAUCCAUCUCAUCCUCAUCUCUCAGACUUACCUUCCAAAAUCAUAGUCCCCUCUCCAGAACCUAGCAGCGAACCUCAAACCCAACAACUCAUGCGAUGUUCACUUCCACCUCACAAAGAAACCAUUACAUUCUCUACUUAUGACGACUACGAAUCUCACUACCUCAAAACGCAUGUCAAUCGCUGCUCAGAAUGCGGCAAGAACUUCCCAACGCAGCAUAUACUAAAUAUUCAUAUUGAAGAGAAUCAUGAUCCGCUCAUUCUGGCCCGGCGGGACCGGGGGGAGAAGACUUUCAGCUGCUUGGUCGAAGGCUGUGACAGAAAAUGUUCUACAGCCCAGAAGCGUCGACGGCAUUUGAUUGACAAGCACAUGUUCCCCCGAAACUACAAUUUCUUCAUCAUCAACGAUGGCAUCGAUAAACAAAACUCCUUGUUACGAACCACGAAUCAUGGCCAUCAUCGUCGACUGUCUUUACAGUCGCCGCAGGAAGGUCGAUUACGGUAUAGGAAGACUUCUAUAUCUUCAACAUCUCCGGCGAAUGCUAAAGAAGAAGUGGAAGAUAUCGAACUAGGAGCAGCAGGUGAUGAUGAGGUUGAUGUCCUGACAUCGUCCCUUUCGGCGCUGAGAUUUGUGCCAGCGAGUGUGACGAAGAGAUUAGGAUCUGAGCGUAAGUGA